AUGCUUCGACUUGCCACCAGGCUCCGAUCGUCCCUUAUCACAUCAGCUGUGCGUCGUCACUCGGCGUGCUGUGGCGGUGACCACCAGAUGUCGGAGGCAGAGCAAAAAAUGAGCAAACUGCUCAACGAGGGUAUUCAGGGUUGCUCUCGAGUUGAGGUACACGAUGUGUCCAACGGCUGUGGAUCCAUGUACGACGUCGUCGUUGAAGCAUCAAGUUUCCAAGGAAAAUCGAAAGUUGCUCAACACAAAAUUGUCACCUCGAUUCUCAGCGAACAAAUCAAAGGUAUGCACGGGCUGACAAUCAAAACAAAAGCUGUUUGA